CAUUAUUCGGGACCGGGUUGAUAGGAUUGUGUUUGACGGCUCCAGUCGAACAUGUUGUGUGCACUAAUAGAUGAAACAAUUACUGAUACGGCGAGUUGGGAUCUGCUGCUUUCUGUCGGGUUGGAGGGGAGGAGAUGGAGACGAGAGCGAAGAGAGCCAAAGCCACCGAAACGGCGACGAAGCCGAGAAAAGAUGCCUCCAAGAAACCGAAGGCGAAAGCCAAGAGGAAGCCCUCCUCUUCUGCUAAGAACGACCACCGCGACAAGCCCAAGAAGCCGCCCACCGCUUUCUUCUACUAUCUGGAAGAUUUUCGCAAGACCUUCCAACAAGAAAACCCAAAUGUCAAAUCAAUGCGAGAUAUUGGUAAGGCAUGUGGGGAGAAGUGGAAAACAAUGUCAUUUGAGGAAAAGGUUGCAUACUAUGAUAUAGCCACAGAAAAAAGAGCUGAGUUUGAGAAGGCUAUGGCAGCAUACAUUAAGAGAAAGGAAAGUGGUGAGUUUUCUGAAGGAUCUGAUGAUUACGAAUGACUGGGCUGGAUGUAAAGCAGAUCAUCGGCUGUAAAUUCUAUUUGUAUCUGUUAAUUAGGCUUUGGAAACUUAAUCUGUCUCCCAUCAUAUCUAAUCUUCGAACUAGUGCAUAUCCGAACCCUGAACUAUCAAUUAGAAACAUCUCAAAUGUCUAGCAACUCCAGAAGUGAAUUGGAUUUGGUUUGAAUGAAAUCUGUGUAUGGACUGCACCACCCUCCGCCACUGUAAGCUCAAAACCAUCUCAGCCUAGUCGAGAUUAGUACAACACACACCACCACGCCGGCUUUUCCUGCUUUUACGGCCAUUGGUGUUGUAACAGCACUUGAUCCGAUUAACUGCUUGUGAAAUGGAAUGUGCAGCUGCAAGUGUUGGUGUUGCUUA